UUUGCGAUCUUCAUCUUCUUCUUCUUCAACAACUAUGGCCUUGUUGCAGAAAUCCAAUAACUCGCAUGGUGAAAUAAACCAUCUUUGACAUGUCGCCUCCUCAACAACAACAACCCUCUUCGAUCCCCAACUGCUUUCACAAGAAACCAGCUUCAGUUCCUGAUUUCAUACUUACUGCUUUUUCUCUCUUCGUCCUCUUCUCAUCUCCCAAACCCAACACUCUCAUCCAUAAAUUCUCUCCCCCAAUUUCCAUCCCUCGUAACUCACGUCGCUUCGUCCGUAUCCCCUCCAUGUCGUCUUACAAUCGUCGAUUUCAAGGUCGUCAAUUCGCUACCCCUCAAUCCCUCUCCGAUUGGCUAAAUCCCCGUCUUCCAUCCGAUUCAUUCGCGUCCUGGGGUGUUAAACCCGGGACUAAGAAUGUGCACAACCUUUGGCUCGAGCUCUCGGAGGGCGAGACUUCGUUGGCCGAUUCCACGCCUCCAGUUCGGACCGUGGAGGUGGUCAUCGUACGCGUUAUAGGAAAACAUAAUCGGAUUCUUGUGGAAUCACACCAGGAAUUGUCCGAUGGUUCAAUUAGGAAUCGAUGUAGGCCCUUGUCUGAGAAGAUGAAACCUGGUGAGAGUUUCGAAUUUGCUGCUGUUCGAGCAGUGAAGGAAGAGCUUGGUUCUGCGAUUCCGAUUUUUGAAGAUGGUGUCACCGUGAGAAUCGUGCCGGACUCGUACCUACAGAAGGUGGAGGAGAGAUUAUCGCUUUCUUACCCGGGUUUACCUGCACAUUAUAUUCUUCACUCUGUUGAUGCUUGGGUUGAUGGGUUACCUGAAGAAGAGUUUUCAACGGAAGAAGAAGCUGAGUAUGAGCAAAACAGAGUUGCAGAUGAGGCAAUUUUCUGCAAAAAACACCAUUGGAAGUGGAUUGAGAUUGAUUCAGUUUAGCCCUUCUCAUCUGACUGGUCAGUUUUGAGCCUCUUCUUCUUUCUUUGUCUGGUCAUAUACAAACACUAUUAACAAAUUUUGUUUUCUCCUUUAUCUGUCAAGCAUUUGUUGUAUAAUCAAAGUUUUGUGAGCAUCAUACCAUAUACAUAUUCCUAUUGUAAUUAUUAAACCUCUCUGAUUUCCUACUUAAAUGUAAGUUUUUCAAUGGAAUGAGAAUACUGUUGAGUGUUAUAAGGCUUCAA